CCCGGGACGCGUCCUGGCGUCGUGUGCACCGCACAUGCCGUAUAUGUCGUGCAUGCCGUACCAGCCGCAUGUGCACGCCCAGAGCCAUCUCAUCUGAGACAUGAACAUGACGGGCCGACCGACCGCGUGGGCCACCACCGCCUGCCGGGCACGAUGGUGUGCCCGCGUGCAGGCCCUCGUGCAGGCCCGCCGGCUGGGCACAACAGCACGGCGCACCACCGACGGCGUGUUUCGAGGCCUGACGGACGGCAGGCUCCCGACGCCGUGGAUCGAGGCCUUCCGCCAGCAGCAGAAGCAGCAGGGGCAGGGGCAGCAGCAGCAGCAGCAAGAGGCGGCCCCCCAGCAGCGCGACCUCAGCCCCAGGAGGAUGAGCGACAGCUACCACCGCGUGGUGCUGCCGCUGGGCCGCGACCCGUGGCUGUCGGACACGUACAUCAACUCGUCGGGCCACAUCCGGCUGGGCACCAUCUUCAUGGACCUGGACGCCCUCUCCGGGGUCAUCGUCUACAAGCACACCGGGCCCGGCGUCACCACCGUCACCGCCGCCCUGGACCGCAUCACCAUCGCCCACCCGCUGACCGACAUCUGCGACCUCGAGUACUCGGGCCAGGUCACGUAUGCCUCGGGCCGGAGCAGCGUCGAGAUCACCUGCCGCGUCGCCCGCGCCCGCCCCGAGGGCGACCCCGCCCGCCCCGAGGACGAGCUGCUGACGUGCACCUUCACCAUGGUCGCCCUCGACCCGGCCUCCAAGAAGCCCGUCAGCAUCCCCGCCCUCGUCUGCGACUCCCCCCGCGAGGAGGCCCUCUUCCGCGCCGGCGAGGCCAAGUCCCUGGCCAAGAAGAAGAUGAGCAGGACCUCCCUGCUGGCCACCGAGCCCGACGACCCCGAGUCCGCCCUCAUCCACGCCAUCUGGCUCCGCCAGCUGCGCUACCACGACCCCAACGACCCCCUCCGCCAGCCCGCCAACGUCGUCCCCAUGAGCUCCACCCAGCUGUCCACCGCCGCCAUCAUGCAGCCCCAGUACCGCAACAGGCACCAGACCAUGAUCUUUGGCGGCUUCCACCUGAAGCAGACCUUUGAGCUGGCCUUUUGCUGUGCCGCCAGCUUCGCCCAUGCCCGCCCCACCUUCAUCAGUGCCGACCCUUGUACCUUCCGGAACCCCGUCCCGGUGGGCAGCGUCCUGUACCUUCGCGCAACCGUUGCCUAUACCGACCCCCCGCUGCUCGAAGAGGGCGGCAGUGAGCCACAGCACAGGGAUCCAGAGAAGCCCGUCACGCGAGUGCACGUGAGGGUUGACAGCAAGGUCAGAGAUGUUGAGCACGACACCACCACCAAGCCGACAGGGCAGUUCAACUACACCUUCUCGGUGCCAAAGGACGUCAAGGUGAUGCCACACACCUACCAGGAGUACAUGAUGUACAUUGAUGCGAGGCGGAGGGUCAAGCUCGGGGACAUCCAGUCCCGCCAGGAGCGCAGCAACUCGACACAGGAACAAAGGCAGCUGGCCGAGGACGCCAACCUCACUGAAUAAUCAGGGGCGCCUACCUAGGUACACACGACGUGUCCCUUGCCGCCAGGCUGGGUCCUUUGUACACAAGUAGCCAGGCGAUGAAUGAGACGCGGGGUUGGGAUCGGAUUCAGGAGACGCAAAACCCAGGACGCUACCAGGGGCCAGCUGAGAUGGGAUUGUAAUUGAUAAUUGUCCUAUCGAUAGGUUCGACCCUGUUUUGUCUCCCUGUGCAUGAUAUCAAUCUACACGCUCGAGGGCCAUAGUGCCGGGGUACACCGUACGGGGGGGGGGACAACCAGAAUACCGCGGCACAGCUGAUGCCACACCCGUACGACCCGUCAGGGAUUCGUACGGUGCGAAAGACACCAAAAAAGGAGGGAAAUGGUCGAGGAGGAAAAAAGAAGAAGAAAAGAAGAAAAAGAACACAGUCGGGGGCCCCCAUGCAGCCGGGCAGCCAUGCAGCCAAGCAGCCAAGCAGCCAAGCAGCCAAGCA